AUGUUUGCUUUUAAAAGAUCUAUAAUAAGUCUAAGAUCUCCUUUAUCAAGAGGUCUUGCAACUACAACUGAAAAACCUUCAUUAAUUAAAAAAUUUAAAAUUUAUAGAUGGUCACCAGAUAAACCAAGUGAAAAACCUCAUUUACAAGAAUAUCAAGUUGAUUUAAAUGAUUGUGGUCCAAUGAUUUUAGAUGCUAUUAUAAAGAUUAAAAAUGAACAAGAUCCAACUUUAACAUUUAGAAGAUCUUGUAGAGAAGGUAUUUGUGGUUCAUGUGCAAUGAAUAUUGGUGGUAGAAAUACUUUAGCAUGUUUAUGUAGAAUUGAUAGAGAUGUUAAAAAAGAUACUAAAAUUUAUCCAUUACCUCAUAUGUUUGUUGUUAGAGAUUUAGUUCCAGAUUUAACUCAUUUUUACAAACAAUAUAAAUCAAUUCAACCUUAUUUACAAAGAGAUUCAAUUCCAGAAGAUGGUAAAGAAAAUUUACAAAGUGUUGAAGAUCGUAAAAAAUUAGAUGGAUUAUAUGAAUGUAUCUUAUGUGCAUGUUGUUCAACUUCAUGUCCUUCAUAUUGGUGGAAUCAACAAGAAUAUUUAGGUCCAGCUGUUUUAAUGCAAGCUUAUAGAUGGUUAAUUGAUUCAAGAGAUCAAGCUGGUAGAGUUAGAAGAGAAAUGUUGGAAAAUUCAAUGUCAAUGUAUAGAUGUCAUACAAUUUUAAAUUGUACAAGAACUUGUCCAAAAGGUUUAAAUCCUGGUAAAGCCAUUGCAGAAGUUAAAAAACAAUUAGCAUUUGCUUAA